GAAAUGGUAAAAAGGGCUAGCGAGCAAGAAGAGGGCAGUGCACAACGAGGGACGGACCAAACGACGACGGGGUGCGGCGACGACGGCGGCGGCGGCGGCGAUGAUGAUGAUGGUGAUGAUGAAGAAACAGACGAAGAAGCAACGAGGCAGUGCCGGUGGACACAGGACGAAUUACAAAAGAAGCGGCAUGCAAUUUGCCAUCGAGGCACUAGGGAGAGGAGCUGGGCAGACUGGCGCGAGAUAGGCCUGGGCUGUCUGAGAAAUAACGAACGUGUUGCCGAAGAAUCCCUGAUCUUCGCCGUUCGUGUUGACGGUCCUUGCUCGUCUUGCAGCGGCGACGGUGGGCCGGGGGACAGGACGGGCAGUGCUAAGUACUAUGUUCGCCCGCACAUGUUCUUUUGUGACGCGGGCAGUCAAGGGCAGGUCAGGCGUGUGCGUGCACGUCGAUGCUGCUUGGGGGAGCGAUCGGCAGCGGUAGCAGCAAUGGGAACUGCGAGCAUGCAAUCAUGGACCUGUUCGCGCAAGACACGGGAAGCUGGCGCGGCGAUCGAUUUCGGUUGCGGCGCCCAGCAGUGCAGGCCCAGCGUGGCGGACUCGCGUCCUCGCCCUCGCCCUCGCCCUCGCAGCUCAUCUGUGUCGGCCACGGCCAGUGUGAAGUGUAUUUGCAUCGCAUUAAGCCUUGGCCUGGAAAAGAAGUGA